UUUUGAUUUAUUAACCAUUCCAAUGGUAACCAGGUAAAUUGUUGGUAAUCAUUUGGAUAAUUCAUCAUUCAUAAUUGUCGCUGUGUGGUUUUUAAAUUGUCAAUCAACUGUGCUAACUAUUAAAACUAAUCAACCAACAAUUUGAUUGGUUAUACAAAAAGUAAAGUCAACAAUCAUUAUGAUUGACCAAUUGUGCUGCUUAUUGACGUUAAUGGUGAUGACCAUUACCGUCAAUGGUCAAUGGUUGUCCGAGAAAGAUUAUGUUGCUGGUCAAGUUAAUUACACUCGAUGUUCACCUCCUCCCCCUGAUUACAGUAUCUAUGAAUAUACAAUUAAGGAUAUUCAUCAGGAAAUCGACAUUUCCUUAGCUGACCAUCAACACAAGGCCAUUCUAUUGGUCAAUGUGGCCACUUACUGAGGUUAUACCCAUCACUAUAUCGGAAUGAAUGCACUUCUCGAACGUUUUGGACAUGAUCAGUUAACUAUAAUCGGUUUCCCAUGUAAUCAAUUUGGAAUGCAAGAACCAGGAUCAGGGGCAAAGGAAAUUCUCAACGGAAUCAAAUAUGUCCGACCAGGUAAAGGUUUCGUUCCUGAUUUUAAUUUAACCAUGAAAAUUGACGUUAACGGGGGCAGUGAACACCCGCUCUGGUCAUUCUUGAAACGCUCGUGUCCAUCGACUAAGAUUAACUUUAAUAGUCAAUCGCAAUUAUUUUAUUCACCUUUCAAUGAACGAGACGUUAAAUGGAAUUGGGAAAAGUUUCUUAUCGAACCUGAAACUGGACUAAUCUACAAACGCUACGAUGCCUCGAUCGAUCCUUAUUAUAUUGCCGAUGAUAUUGAAUAUCUUCUAACACGAAGAUCAACAGCGGCUUCGUCUUCAUCUCUCUCAUCCUCAUCAUUACCGUUAUCUUCAUCAUCUUCAUUAGCACCAUCGCCAUCGAAAAGUUCACCACCAUCAUCAUCAUUAUCAUCAGCUGAAGUACGUGAUUAAUAAAUUCAAUUGUGAUCACAAUUGAACAGGAUCAAUAAAAACUAUUCCAAAUCAAAGCCAAAUUACAUUUGAUUGUAAUAAUAACGAUCAACAGCUAAAAAAUCAUGUUGAUAAUUAUGUCAAAUUGUUAACUGUUAACUUUUUUUUGUCGUCCUCUUAAUUGGGUUCAUCUUUUUUUUGAUUGUUGGACAUUUCAUGAUUAUGAUCAACUUGAUCUUUAGUGACAAUUAAUUAUCUCUUUAUGAUGAGUGAACCUGAAAAAACAAUGUUAACAUUGUUUGGGUUUGUCUUUGAUGCUCGUUUUUAACAAUUACAGUUUUUCUUAAUCGUGAUUAGUUAAUCAUUGGUUAUUGAUUAAUCAGAGUAAUUUUAAUCAUUCCUUCUAGUGCAUUCAUUCCGGUUGAUUAUUCUGAGACUUUAAUUGUAAACGAUUUAACUUAAUUGUCACGAAUAGAAAAAAGUUUCAGUCAUAAUUAUCAUCUUGAUUGGGAGAAAACAAAAUCAAAUCAAAUCAAACCGAAUCAACAAUCAACAAUUAGAAUCAAAAAGUAAUAAAAAAUCAAAUUUUCACUAAUUUUA